AUAGAGUUAUCCACCCUACACAUGGAAACCAAGUAUGGCGGAAACUAUGGGGAAUGAAAGCACGACUGUUGAAUCUAACGAAGAACUCCCUAAAAAUCCUAGUGAAGUUAAGGAUGAAGAUAAAAAGAAAGCAGAAGAAAUUAAGGAAGAGGCAAAUGUCUUUUUUAAAAAUGAAGACUACUCCAAGGCCAUUGAAAAAUAUUCAGAAGCUAUUAGGUUGAAUCCUUUUGUUGCUGCUUACUAUGGGAAUCGAAGUUUUGCUUAUCUACGAACAGAGUGUUUUGGAUAUGCUUUGCAAGAUGCCUCUAAAGCUUUGUCUUUAGAUAAAAACUAUCUAAAGGCCUAUUACAGACGAGCUUCAGCUAACAUGGCCUUGGGAAAAUUUAAACUUGCAUUGAAAGAUUUUGAAGCAGUCACCAAAGUUCGCCCAAGUGAUAAAGAUGCCAAGAUGAAGUAUGAUGAGUGUAACAAAAUUUGCAAGAGGUUGGCCUUUGAAAAAGCUAUAGCUACAGAUGAUGGGAAAUGUUUGUCAGACACAAUUGACAUUGAAAGUUUAGUUAUUGAACCAAACUAUGAUGGUCCUCAUUUACAAGAUGGCAAAGUAACACAAGACUUUGUAGAACAACUUAUGGAAGCUUACAAAGAACAAAAGAAAUUACCCAAGAAAUAUGUCUGCCAGAUUUUAAUACAAGCUAAAAAAUUGUUUAGUGAGCAGAAGUCAUUAGUUUAUAUCAAUGUUCCUGGGAGUUCAAAGUUCACUAUAUGUGGAGACAUUCAUGGUCAGUACUAUGAUUUAUUGAAUAUCUUCACUAUGAAUGGCAAACCCUCAGAAGAAAAUCCUUAUCUCUUCAAUGGUGAUUUUGUUGAUCGUGGUUCUUUCUCUGUUGAAUGUAUCAUGACUUUACUUAGUUACAAACUUCUAUAUCCAAAACAUUUUUACAUGGCAAGAGGAAAUCAUGAAAGUUUAACCAUGAACCAGAUGUAUGGUUUUGAAGGGGAAGUCAAAUCAAAAUAUUCAUCUCAGUUGUGUGAGCUUUUUACAGAAGUUUUUAACUGGCUUCCAUUAGCCCACUGUAUAAACCAGAAAAUAUUGGUUAUGCAUGGUGGUCUGUUUUCUUCAGAUGAUGUUUCACUUGAUGACAUAGCCAUGACGCCUCGUAACAAACAACCUCCAGAAAGUGGCAUAAUGUGUGAGCUGCUUUGGUCAGAUCCACAACCUCAGCUAGGACGUGCACCCAGUAAAAGAGGAGUUGGAGUUCAGUUUGGUCCAGAUGUAACCCAAAAAUUCCUAGAGAAGAAUAAACUUGAAUAUGUAGUCAGGAGCCAUGAAGUCAAGAAUGAUGGCUAUGAAGUCAUGCAUGAUGGCAAAUGCAUUACCGUUUUUUCAGCACCUAAUUACUGUGAUACAAUGGGAAACAAAGGGGCUUACAUCAACAUUACGGGUGAUAAUCUAACACCAAAAUUUACUACAUAUGAAGCAGUUCCUCAUCCGAACGUGAAACCAAUGGCAUAUGCAAACCCAUUUUUUGGAUUAUUUUAACUCUACUGAUGUUUUAGAAAUGUGAUUGUCUGCUGCAAGUGUAAAUAGAGAGUGUAUAUGAGUUGAUUGUUCAAUGUAUAAACAGAAUUGUUAAAGACUUGACAGCCUCAUGUUAAAGACUUGACAGAUAGUCUCUUGUUAAAGACUUGACAGAUAGUCUCAUGUUAAAGACUUGACAGACAAGUCUCAUGUUAGAGGCUUGACGGUCUCAGGUAGUUAAACACAUCCACUUGAUGCCCACAAUUAGUUCUCUUUGUUUUAAAUCUCAUGUUUCCCUCCACAUGUUUUUGUUUCAUAUUAUCUCAAACAAUGAUUACUCAAUUACAGAAAGUUUUAGUUUUUAACUGUUCCUGCGUGGGUACAGUUUUGUUGCUGUAGCAGUGUCAUAGUUUUUUUUUUAAUUUGUUACUGUAUGCUUUAGAUAUGAACAGUGUUGUAGCUGUUUAGUAUUCUAUUGACAACUUUUAAGAAUACAAAAAAAAAAAUAAUGUUUUUGUCAUUUUAGUGAUGCCUUUAGGACCAUCCUUUUUUUAUUCUACUUAAGGUGACAUUUGCUCAAUCAAAGAUCCCUAGUUUUAUGUGGCCCUCCAUCAGGAAAUGAGUUGUAAUGCACUGCUGCCUACUAGAUAGCUAUUGGGCAAAUAAUGAAGAGUAACCGUUUUUUUUUCCUAAUAAUUUGUUCAUUUUUGCACACUUUUUUUUGUAAAAUUAUUUGAAGUCUCAGCCUGUAAAGUUAAUUAAUGUUUUUUGUUUUUUUUAUAUAGAAUAGUUUUAUCAACAAAUAGUAGCCUUAAACUGUUAUGUUUCUUGUCCUUUUUUUAACCGUUUGUUAGAUAUUGUGCAAAAUCAAAUUUUAGAGGUGGGUGUUUUUGAGUCGGUAGCUUACAUAGCUUCAAGUGAGCAGCUCUGAGUUGGCAGCUUAGAGAAUGUGCUUAUUAGUGAAAUUUCAUUCAAUCAAAUAAAGAAAUGAUUCUUGAUGGAGGGUCACAUUUUAAAAAUUAUCAGGAAAAAUGUCUUUGGAGUGGAUUUUUUUUUAUCUUGAAAGUUAACUCAAUAAAAUUGCUCUUGAAAGAAGUGAAUUAGUUUAACAGAAAGGAUGAGAUACAAUUCACAAAAAGUGGAGGACAUUAUAUGUUGUGUACUUGAACUGUUUACUGAACUGGUAUACAUGACUCUAUUGUCAGUAGUUUUGUGAACUAAUGCAGAGAUAAAAUAAAAUUGUAUUUUGUUGGUUUUUUUU